AAUCUUGUGUAGUGAAAAUUUUUGUUCAUUCAACUCAUCGUCGGACAUGAAACAGAGUGGAAAGCAGCAUUAGUGUGUGGCAAAUAAAAAUCAAAACUCGUGCGAUUCAGUGUAUUUUCACUUGAUUUUUGCUGGUAAACUGAUUUCAACUGUUAGUUGACUGUCCUGUUUUAUUGGGACGAAAAAGAAAAGCUUGAAAUUGUUUCUAUUAGGUUAAAAAGAAAUAAUUGGAAAAUAGGGCAGCGUGAGCUGUUCUACGUCGUGUGUGUGUGUUGUUUGUGGUGGGAAAGAAAAACCAACAGCUCAUCAGGCGCAGAGGGGCUCCCCAGCGCAGCAGCCAGCGACUACAGUUCGAACAGUCUGGCGGAAAGGUGCGACGGAUCAGACUAGUGUGUAAACAGAAGACGGACGCAGUGAGGUACUGAAAAGAAAAAUAGAUCAUCGGAAAAUCCCCCUGUGACGAUAGGGAGGAAAAAGUUUUGGUAUAGUGCUGCAGCUGAAAAAGGACUGCUAUCAGGUUUGUUUCUACCAUGGCCGAUCAAAAUGAGAAAAUUCUGCAUCGGUUACUACAGAUUGAUGGCAAUAACGAGUGUGCAGACUGCGGAACGAGAAAUCCCGAAUGGGCCUCUUACAACAUUGGCAUUUUCCUGUGCACUCGAUGCUGCGCCGUCCAUCGAAACAUGGGCGCUCACAUAACGAAAGUAAAGCACCUGAAGUUAGACAAAUGGGAGGAUAGCCAGCUCGAGCGGAUGAUCGAAGUCGGCAACAAAGCGUCGAAGCUAAAGUACGAACACCGAGUCCCUGCCUGCUAUCGACGACCGAAGGAAAAUGAUCCUCAAGUUCUCAUCGAACAGUGGAUCCGUGCCAAGUACGAACGGCUUGAGUUCUGUAUGAACGAACGACCCAUUUACACCUCCGGCCAUAUGGAAGGCUUCCUGAUGAAGCGCGGCAAAGAGGAUAGUCGCUACCAGCUGCGCAAGUUUGUUUUGUCCGAGGCGGACGACACACUGCGUUACUACGUCAAAGAAAAACGUGAACCAAAGGCAAUCCUAAGAAUUUCCGACCUGAAUGUUGUAUACGCACCAGCCAAGCUGGGAAACCCCAACUCUUUGCAGUUAACUUUCAUGAAAGACGGCACAACGCGGCACAUUUAUGUGUACCAUGAUGAACCGAAGGAGAUUAACAACUGGUAUAUGGCGAUACGGUGCGCGAAACUGCAUCGACUGCAGAUAGCUUAUCCCAGUGCUGCUGAAAGCGACCUGAUGGAUUAUUUAACGCAUGACUUCGCUCGUGAAGGUUGGUUGCUGAAAACUGGACCUCGAACAACUGACAGCUAUAAAAGACGUUGGUUCACGUUAGAUGACCGUAAGUUGAUGUACCACGAUGAUCCGCUGGACGCCAAUCCGAAGGGUGAAAUUUUCCUGGGCAAUCAGUUAGAUGGCUACAGUAUUCGAAUAGGCGCACCGGUUGGUGCCAAAGAUCAAGGCUUCAGUUUUACACUUUUCACUCCGGAACGGACGUACAAUCUCUCGUCACAUAGUGAGCAGGAUCGAGACGAGUGGAUGACGGUGAUUCAAAGGAUACUGGAAAGACCACUAAGCCCCCAGGACAGUUCAAUUUCGGCGCGACUCAUCCGAAAACGUGGUGGAACCAAUUCGAUAAAUAUUUUUACCGGCAGGUAAUAAUUUUUGAAUUUGUUUAUUAAUUUAGUUGGAUAAGUUUUAGCGAACUAGAGGAUGCGGAUUGUGAAAGCAAGAUUUAUAUCCAAUAUUAAUGCAGCUAAUGUAGAAGAUAGUUCUUCGCGCUCAGUGCUAACGCAGGCAGAAGUACGAAUAUCGUGCGAAAGAAGGUUAUACCAACAAUGUAUAUUUUUUAUUCGAAUGUCUUCAACCUGUAAGUUGGGCAGAAGGAUGUAAGUCACACCCUUUAGUUUCGAAAAACAUAAACCUCCUCUUGCUUCUAGCCGUGUUCGUAAGUAAUGUAUAAAACAACUGCACGAUUAUUUACUCCUUAUUAACGCUUCACCCAUGCAGUUGAAACGGGGUAAGGAGAGGUGUAUAAUCAUCUUAACAUAACCUUUAUAGUCACGCAUAUACACAUGCGCAGGGAUAGGCAAUGCACACUCAAAUACAAACACAUACAGGUGCAGCAUGAUAUGCACCGAGUAGCAAAUAAUUCAUAUCCUUUUAAUAUCAGCUCUUUUGGUUUUCCCUCUUAGACCAGAAGACUUUUUUUCUCUUCUUAUUAAUGCCUAUAGGAUUAGUUUAUUGAUCGCUUUCAAAGCGAAAUACAUUUACGUGAAAAGAGCAUAACGCAAUUAAUUUAUUUGACAUGGCUAUAGAAGUAAGUUGCUAUAAGAAACCGAGAUUUACACGGCUUUCUUAAUUCACUGUUUAUGAAACAGUAUGCUAACCAAUUUCCUAGCAAUCAAGAACAUUGAGCCGGUAGCUCACAUACGGACUUAGCAUACACACUCACACUGCCUGUUUGUUCCUCUGGUUAGGGGUCACAACUUUUAAUCCAUAGUUUGUCCCAAAGAGCCGGAAAAAUACGAAUUAUUGAUAGUAAUAUAUUUUGUACAAAACUUUACAUCUCCCACCCCAACUAUAAGAGUAGAAAAUAACGAUGAGGUCGAUUUUCUACCUGUGGAUAUGCUGCUAGACAACAUUUAUUAUUGAAUCUAUAUUUUUUACCACCGAAAUAUGCUGUUCAUAUGGGACUUUUUGGCAUUGAUUUCUCGUGUAUCUUGUGUGCACGGCAGUUGGUUAGCGAAUUAAAGUUCUAUUACACAGGUAGCCUACAGACUUGUCAUCCUUUUAAUGAUUUUUCAAAAACUUUAAGUUAUGCGUGGAAUAAAAUUAUUUAUAGUAUUUUCUAGCGGUAAUAGAGGAGAUAGGUCAUGUUGCUGCUCGUACCGAAACUUGAUAAGUCUAUGUUUCCUCAAACUAAGAUUAUGAGUUAUGUAAAUGUAAAAAAAUCUACCCAGAUCCAAUUGCGACAAACUAAAAUAGCCACAGAAUUGAACGUUACAAUAUAAAUGGAAUUUGCAAAAAAUAGGCCCCGAUUGUGUUUUAUGAUGCGAUUUGAAAUAUAUGAAAUCUUAAAAUCUGCACCAGAAACGCAACCGUCAUGAAAGAAUGAGUUAUUUUGUAUGAUGGAACAUGUUUAAAUAUGUUUAAUACCUUUAAAUGUGUCAGUCGCAAAUUGACCUGUACACUAAAACUCAGGAGCGAAUUAGCAAAAUUUUGUCUAUGCAUUUAUUUUUAAAUUAUUGCCCGUGGAAGAAUGUUAAUCUCGUGCGACAGUCACCAUAUCUUUGAAUAUAUUAGAAAAUAAUUUCAUCGUUUACGUUAGACUGCAUCAUUGGCAUAACCAUUUAUUGUGCUGUAAUAGGUUUUGGCUACAAGUUGAUUAUAAUGUUUGUAUUCUAAAAUUCAAUGAUUAGUUCCUAUGAUUAUAGCUUAAUUUACAUUAUGCACUAAACGUUUUGUUUCUACUGUCUAUACCUAUUGUCUUUACCGUUUUCGGUAUAUGUUACAAUAGCACAGUGUUGAUUUUGAAAAC